UAACUUUGUAACCAAGCUCCUCAUAUUUCUAUCGCAGUCACAUUACAAUAAUUUGAAUAAUUAGAAAACAUUACUCAUUCAGUCAGGCUAUAAUAACAUAAGGAUUCAACUGUUCUCUUUCACCCUUUCACAAUACUUUCAAAGGAGGUAAAUGGCAAAAUAAAUGUCGAAAGUGAUUGUUCAGGAAGAUCUCAUUAAAUAAUAAGGUAUCUUUUCAAAGUUUUACUUCAUAACUACGCAGAAAAGUGACACAAAUGUACGAUGGGCCUCAAGUCCUCAAGGUGUAGGUAGAUAGGUAUGUACUUAGAAUGCAUUAUUUUUUCCGAUUGCAUCUAAUUAAAUUUUACAGAUAAAAGUACGUUCGUUUCAAGAAUAUUGAUCAGCUCUAAUAAAUUUUAAUGUAUUGCCUUCUUUUUGAUAACAAACAUGGAAACAACGUUAAUGCAUUACGGUGAAUAAAUCAAAAAUUACCAUUUUCCAAUUGUCAAUGAUUGGAUAACUGAAUGAAAUUAUUUCCCUGGGGAUUUAUUUGAAAAAUAUUUAACGGUAAUGUGGCAAAUGCGUUAAAAAUGAAAAUUUUAUUUAUUUCAUUAAUUUUUUUAUAUUCGAUAUUCCGCGAACACAGUUCGGCUUCUGAUGCUCAGAGAAGUGCGAAAAUAGCUACGUAUUUGAAAGAUGUAUUCCCAGAGUUAUAUUCUAAUCAACACGAAGGAGAUAUUUUUUUAUUUGGUGAAUCGAAAAGUAGCAUUAAAAAUGCUGUUCGCGAUCCAACUUAUCGUUGGCCUAAUGCAACCGUUCCUUAUGAAAUUGCGUCAAAUUUUACUGAAGAAGAUAAAACCAAAAUAUUAACCGGAAUGGCAAGAUUACAAAACGAGACUUGUAUUCGAUUUGUACCACAUUACGGUCAAAAACAUUACAUAUUUAUAAACAACAAACAAAACGCGGGAUGUUUUGCGGUAAUCGGAUAUCAUUCAAAGGCUGAAAUUCCACAUCCGGUGAAUUUCGAAACACCUGGAUGCAUGAAACAUCAAGGAACCGUUGAGCACGAAUUUUUACAUAUUUUAGGCCUUUUUCACGAGCAAUCCCGAUAUGAUAGAGAUGAUCACGUAAUCAUUUAUUGGGGAAAUAUAACCGAAGAAUAUGUAUCGAAUUUCGCCAAAGUACCAGAAACUGAUGCACAUGCUUAUAAUGUUUCGUACGAUAUCAACAGUGUUAUGCAUUAUCCCAAACAUGCGUUUUCAAAAAAUGGCAAUGAAACAAUUGUUUAUAAAAAAAACCCGGAUACGAAAUUAGGCCAGCGCGUUGGAGCCACUCAGGGAGAUUUGGAGAAAAUAAGACAAAUGUAUAACUGUCAUAAAAAAGAAGUUCCAUAUGGAAGUGCUGAAUGGUUUUUCGAACAAGUUCAAACUUUCUUCGCCGAUAAAAAUCGAAAACCUCAAUCCAAAAAAACCAAGGAGAAAACCAAGUUCAAAAAAUUCCCUCUUUUCUGAAUAAAUUAGUGUGCGUGAAGUUUUUAAAUAAAAUUUUCAUUCGUGCGAGCAUGUA